UCAUCAUCAUCAUCAUCAUCAUCAUCAUCAUAAUCAUAAUAAUUCGAAUGGAAAUGAUGAUCGUAAAAAUACUAUGAAUGGUAUUCAUUAUGAUAAUCUUGGUCAAUUGGCCGCUGCUGCCGCUUUUCUUGUUGAUUCUCGUAAUGAUAAAUCUUCUGAUCAAAUUACUACUUUUGGUGUGGGAACUUCUUCAAUAAAUGAGGGUAAUAUUCGUAAUAAUCGUAAUAGACCUCAUUUAAUGCCUUUAAAUAUUACUACUACUACUACGGAAUCUAAUGUGUAUCGUUUGGGUUCAGAUUUUAAUUUUACCGAUUCUAUUGCAAGUUCCCCUUCUCCUGUUGUAACCAUGCCACCAACUCCUGUAUUUUUUGAACCUGAAUUUCUUGAUGGUGUUACUAAUACUAUGUCAGAAGGGUUUAAUUUUGGAAUUAAUCCUACUACUUUAACUUCUUCAGAACAAUUAAUAGAAAAUGAUAAUUCAAUUUCUGUAUCAAGAUCUCAUAGUUUUGAUAGUAUUUCUUCUUCUUCACAACAAAAUAACAUUUUUACUUCUGAGAAAAUUAUUGAAAAUCCUCAAACUGUAACUCCUGCAGCUAUUUCAAUUACACAACCUGAUUUUACUCCAAUGCUUUCUCAAUCUACUUCUUCAUCUACUAUUGAUAUGGAAACUGAUUAUUUUAAUAGUAAACAACAUCGACGUCAAAAUCAUUGUGAACAAGCUAAUAAUCAUAAUAAUAAUAUUAAUAAUAGUAAUAAUAAUACCGUAAGAAAAACGAGAAGUAGAACUUUAUCCAAUCCUCCAAAUAUUAAAUCUGAACCAAGAACUCCAGCUUUAUCUCCACCUGAAUCACCAGGAGAUUCUGUAUCUUCUAAUUCAUCAUCUCCACCUUCUCCUUCACCUCCUCAAACACCAAAUUAUAUGCGUCGAAUGUCAAUUAGCCCUACUAUCAUGGAGGAAGAGGAGGAAACUGUAGGAUCAAACUCUUCUAACACGACAGAACCUAUUCCAAUGGUUACUCCUUCACCUUAUGUUUCAGAUGUACAUAACAUUAAUUCCAAUGUUAAUCCAAGAAAUACUGCGGUUAAUAUUAUGAGACCUAUUAUUCAACAAUACUUGAACUCUAAUAACCCAGCAGCAUUGGGAGAAAAAACCGUAAUGGUUUUAACUUCAAAGGUUGCUCAAAAGUCUUAUGGAACGGAAAAAAGAUUUUUAUGUCCUCCUCCUACUACAUUGAUUUUGGGAUCAAAUUGGUGGUGUCCAUCACCACAUAGUAUAGGACAUUCAUCUUCAACUACAUUUAGUCCUCCAAAAAUUUCUGUGGGUAUUUCUGGUGAACAAGGUCACCAACAAGGAAUUCUUGAAUGGAUUAGUCCUUCUGGUAAUCCACUUGAUCCUACUUCAUGUUCCGAGAUGGCAUUUAGUGGAAAAUGUGUUUCAAAACAUUUAUAUAUUAAUGAUGCUGAUGAAAAACGAAAGAGAGUAGAAGUUUUAGUUAAUAUUCACAGUCCAAUGGGUCAUAACUUUGGUACUUUUGCUAGUAAACCUAUCAAAGUUAUUAGUAAACCAAGUAAAAAAAGACAAAGCGUUAAAAACAUGGAAUUGUGUAUACACCAUGGAACUACUAUUUCAUUAUUUAAUCGAAUCCGUUCACAAACUGUUUCGACAAAAUAUCUUGGUGUAUCAAUGCAAAACGCAAAUCAAACAUUCGGACCUUGGUAUGGAAAUGUAAAUAAUAGUAAUACAUCAUCGAAUCCAAACGAUCAACCACAUCCAUGUUUUGUUGCGCGAACGGGAAGUUGGGAUCCUUUCAUCAUUUGGAUUGUAGAUCCACAUCACAUUAAGGGUAAAGAUGAUCAUCCUCAACAUCCACCGCAUCCAAAUUUCCCUCGUCCACCACCUGCUGCUAUAAAAUCAAAUCCUAAUAAUCCUACACCAAUUCAUUAUAAUCAACCAAUCGUCUUACAAUGUUUGAGUACUGGAAUGACUAGUCCAGUUAUGAUCAUUCGUAAAGUGGAUAAAGGUAGUAUGGUCAUAGGCGGAGGUAUCCUUGAACCAUUGAACGGUUAUGGUGAAGGUGAAGAAGCUCUUGGUGAUCCAGUUUCACAAUUACAUAAAGUCGCAUUUCAAAUUAAGGAUGUUAAUAUGACUCCUACCACUUCACCCACAUUCCAAUCCCCAAGUCAGGCUCAUCCACCAGGUCCUGGUACUUACCUGGCCUGUUUAGGUGAUGUAGUUGGAAUGCAACGAGCAAAUGAAGGUCGAAAGAUAAUAAGUCAACCUACAACUCCAGUUAAUACAAGUUUCUUAGAUAAAGUUAAUUCACCAAUACCUUCUCCCACUUCUGAAAUUCCUCCAGCUGUUGCUGUAGCGUUAGCAAAUUCACAAACAAACUUUCCUUUUGAUUCGACACCAUUAUCUGAGUCUGCAGUUGUAUCUACUGAAGGUGGGAAAGUUAUUAGGAAGCGUAGAGUUUCAUCAUCAGUUGUUAUCAGACCUACUACUACAUUAUCAAAAUCUACUUUGGCUAAGAAUAGGAGAAGAGUAAAUAGUUUGAGCGGUGUUGCUAGUGAAGUUGAUCUAGCUAAGUAUGCUGCUACAACAAGAAAUGCAAUUAGUGGUCAUCAUCGUAAUGGUCAUGAUAAUGCUGGAGCUUUAUGGACUGAAGAUGUUACAGAUGCCGCAGUAUGGACGAUUGUUGGAACGGAUUGUGCUUCAUACACAUUUUAUUCUCCGCAAAAUAUGAUUGGACGUCCAAUUAGUUCAACAUCACAUAUUAUUCCACCAUUACCAUCAUCUUCCCCAGUCACACCACUUCCUAUUAUAUCAAAUAUAAUAACAGCUACAUCCUCACCAUCAACUGGUACAUCAUCACAAAUUCAAAAUUCGACUACCCCCAAUACCAUAACUAUAUAUGGGGAAAAUUUUACCCGUGAUCUCAUGGUAUGGUUUGGAGAUUUACCAAGCCCAAGGGUGGAAUUUAGAUCUAAAGACUGUCUUGUAUGCUUAUUACCUGAAGAAUUGAUGUAUGAACUGGACCGUCACAACAAUAUCAACCGAGACAUUGUUAAUGCUAGUCUUCAAGGUCGUCACUUACAUCUUCUUUCUCAUGGAAGAAUUGUUGGUGUGAAUAGUGGGAGACCUAUUUUAUUUAGUCGUAAUGAUGGUAUAGUAUUUAAGACAGGAAAAGUCUGGCCUUGAAAUGAUUCAACUUUUUUAUUUUUGGGCUAACUUAUUUCAUUAUAAUGAAAAUGUUAAAAUCUCUUUAUUUUCUUCUUUUUUUCACUUAUUUUUA